CUUGUAUAUGAAUUUUUCAUACGAUUUUUGGAAAGCCAAGAAUUUCAGCCCAGCAUUGCCAAAAAGUAUAUAGAUCAAAAAUUUGUAUUACAGCUUUUGGAGCUAUUUGACAGUGAAGAUCCUCGGGAACGGGACUAUUUAAAAACAGUCUUACACAGAAUUUAUGGCAAGUUCCUUGGUCUUAGAGCAUUUAUCAGAAAACAGAUUAAUAAUAUUUUUUUACGGUUUGUUUAUGAAACUGAACACUUCAAUGGUGUGGCUGAACUGCUGGAAAUAUUAGGAAGUAUUAUCAAUGGCUUUGCUUUACCUCUUAAAGCAGAGCAUAAACAGUUUUUGGUGAAAGUAUUGAUCCCUCUACAUACCGUUAGAAGUCUAUCGCUGUUCCAUGCACAGUUGGCGUAUUGCAUUGUGCAGUUUCUAGAGAAAGACCCUUCACUCACAGAACCUGUCAUUAGAGGUUUAAUGAAAUUCUGGCCGAAAACUUGCAGUCAAAAAGAGGUCAUGUUCCUUGGAGAGCUGGAAGAAAUAUUGGAUGUGAUUGAACCUUCACAGUUUGUCAAAAUUCAGGAACCCUUAUUUAAACAAUUAGCUAAAUGUGUGUCUAGCCCUCAUUUUCAGGUGGCUGAAAGAGCACUUUACUAUUGGAAUAAUGAAUACAUAAUGAGUUUGAUAGAGGAGAAUUCCAAUGUAAUACUUCCUAUCAUGUUUUCCAGUCUAUACAGGAUUUCCAAAGAACACUGGAAUCCGGCUAUUGUGGCAUUAGUAUACAAUGUGCUGAAGGCAUUUAUGGAAAUGAAUAGUGCCAUGUUUGAUGAGCUCACAGCAACUUACAAGUCAGAUCGCCAGCGCUUAUCCAAAGCAGCAGGUGAAACUAAUGAGGAAACUUCGGGAACUCUGGGCAGUUUGCGACUUGGUGAAAGUCGUUUCUUUUGUGAGACUUGGGGUUCCCACAAGCAAAGCGAAGGGUACUGUAUGUCAUCAAGCCUUGUUAGUGAGAAGAAAAAAGAGAAAGAACGUGAAGAACUAUGGAAGAAACUGGAAGAUUUGGAACUGAAAAGAGGUCUUAGACGUGAUGGAAUAAUUCCAACUUAACAAAAAGAAACAAAGCAACAUUAAUUAACCUGUGGAGUCACACAUGUAUGUAGUAGAAGAUGGAGCAACAGUUUUCUGUAUUGUGCAACUUUACAGUAGAUUUCACAUUUGUUUCAUUAUUACAACAGCACUGUAUAUAUCUGUCUCUAAGUAAAAAAAUAAGGACUUCAAUCCAAAGUUUGGACAACAGAUGGACUUUUCAGAACUUAAAAAAAAUCAUUGUUUUAACCCUUUAAACCAGUCUUCAAAAGAUCUGUUGAUGAAAAUUGCUAUGUCCAAAUUCCAUUGUCAGGACCUGUUCCUUAUUUAUCAUUAGCAGAGAGUGAUACAACUUCAAAUGUGAACAAUCUUAAAUUUAGCUUGUGUUUCUGCUAAACUGUUAAAUGUAUUUAUAGUAAAAGAGAAAAAAGAUUGUCAUUUU